UAUUAUCUACUUACUACCACCACUACUAUACUACUACAACUUAUUUUGUAUGGGACACAUAUUUUAAUUCAUGGCCAACUUAUACCUAUGCAUGUACGUAUAUUUAAUAAGACCGGCAUAAUUUGUUCGUUUGUUUUCUACAAACGUACUCAGUCUUCCACCUGCACUUGUUGAUAUUUGUUGUUGUCACAUAAUGCAUUAAACAGUGUAUUUUUUUAAAUCGUUUGAUUACAUACAUUCAAAAAAUAUGAUAUGGUUAUCAUUUUUUGUUUUAAUCAGUUACAUUUUUCUGUGUAAAUACUGGAAGCACUUAUGCUUUUGGCGACGAAAAUGUGUAACUUAUUCGAGACCGGUUCCACUGUUUGGGAACCUCUGGAGUGUUAUUUUUCGAAAAAUUUCUUAUCCCAAUAAAAUUAAAGAAUUGUACAACGAAUUUCCACAAAACAGAUAUAAUGGAGUUUUUGAACUUAGCAAACCCAAAUUAUUGAUAAGAGACAGAGAACUUGCGGAAGAUAUUUUUACAAAAAAUUUCGAAAAGUUUAGCGAUCGUAAACCCGAUGGCUUACUAAAAUUAGACAGCCUUCUAGGUCGAAAUUUGUAUUUUUCCAAUCACAAAGAUUGGAAACGAAUGCAGCCCUGUAUGGACAACUGUUUUAAAAAUUUUCCAAAAGAAAACGUUUUCUCAACGAUCUCAUUGACGAUGGAAUCGUUGACAAAUUAUUUACUCGAAGACAUUUCAAAAAAGAAACAGCCGAUAAAUUUCGAAGCUGUAGACUUCUUCAGACGAAUAACGAAUGACGUUAUUGCCGCCGUUGUUUUUGAUCAAAAGUGCAACUCUUUAAGAGACAAAGACAACGAAUUUUUCAAGAUGACUCGACAAAUUUUGAAAACCGAAGGGGCGACAUCAAUGAAAAUGUUCCUAGGCGACUCCCUUCCAAUAUUUAAAAACAUUUUCAAUGCAAUUCCAUUAUAUCCGACGAAUGUCUCUGAAUAUUUUAAUGAUUUGAUAUACAAAAAGUUCAAACUGGAGGACUCCCCAUUUUCGCAUUUAUUGAUAAACGCUAACGAAGUAAACGAUAAUUUAUCAAGAGACGACGUUUUGGCUCAAGUUUUGUCCUUCUUCUUCAUUGGUUUUGAACCGUUGGUUAAAACCAUGAGUUUUCUGGCGUACGAGUUGGCUCUAAACGUCCAAAUGCAGAAAAAACUUGAACUAGAAAUUGACCGCAUAUUCUACGAGGACUCUGAUGAUAGAGUGACUUUUGAAAAUCUUUCGAAAAUACGUUACUUUGACGCAGUGGUUUUAGAAACGUUAAGGAAAUGGCCCAGCGCGGUACAAAUUGAAAGAAUUUGUACUAAAGAUUACAUUUUAUCGGUGAAAAGACAAUCCGAAUGUGGCAUAAGACUGGAAAAGGGCGACACGGUUUUACUUCCUGUUUACGGUUUUCAUCAUGACAAAAGGCAAUUUCCUUGUCCGGAAAAGUUCGAUCCUGACAGAUUUUUAAAUAAGGAUCUGGACGAAAUAUUGAACACUUUUAAUUUCUUUCCAUUUGGAAUAGGACCACGAAGAUGUUUAGCAAUGGAAUUAAGUAUACUUAUAGUUAAAACUGUUUUCUUUGAUAUUAUUUCCAAGUUUGAAAUAUCUGUGAUACAACAUACAGAAAUACCUCUAAAACUAAGCAAAACUACCACGCAUUUGCAUCCACAAAAUGGUAUAUACCUUGGUUUGAGACCAAGAAAAUAAUAAAAGGUAUUAUUAUACCUUUAUAUAUUUAAUGUUAAGGAAACAUAUUUUUUGUACGUAUAU